CAUUUGCCAUUGCCCAGUCCAGCCUUUCUUUUAAGUAUCCAUCACCAUUAGUUCUAAACCAUGUAAAGUGCUCACCUAUAUAAUCCAGAGGGUGUAGAUUACAUACUUCCAAGGAGAUACGAAAUGCUUCAAUCUGUGUUUCAUUCCUUGGCUCCCCUCCUUCUUUAUCUGCCUGACUUAGAAUUAUAUACUCCCUCCGUCCCCCUGAACAGUACUCCCUCCGUCCCUUUUUACAUGUCCCCAUUUGACUCUUGACCAGUCAAAUUGACCAAAUUUUGACUAAACAUUACAAAUUAUCUAUUCAUUAUUUUCGAAAUCAGAAUUAUCACAAAGACACAAACAACUAAAUCGUCGUUAUACCCAACGAUCAGAAACCUGGAUUUCUUGGAGAUGUGGAGGCCUUUCUAAGCUGCAAGCCUGUGAGUAUACGAUUAGAAUAUUAUUAAUUCCAGUGGAAUAAGGUAACAUAUCAAACUCUUAGAUCUCCUCCAUCUUUGUCGUGAUGUCUCAUGUAUGUAUAUUUAUUUAAUUCGUUCUCGUCCUAAUAUUAUUGUUUUGAUUUAAUUAAUUCAUUGAAUCUCUUGCGAUCGAAUUGAAUUUGAUAUGUUUAUGUUUGAUUUAGUAUGAGAUAGAUGUGCCUAAUCUGAAUGUUGUAUGUAUAACUGACUAAUUGUAUGUAGUAUUGCUCGACGAGGGUGUUUAUAGUUGAUUGUGUAUAUUUUGAUAGUUGGAUACUUGAUCUUAGGGUGUAUAAUUUUGAUUUUCUGCAAAGAGAUGCUGGAUUCUACUUGAUUUUGAAUGUGCUUUUAUGGUUGAUUGUGUUCGAUUGUGUUAUCCAGUUCUCUAUUUGUAGGGCUGGUCAUUGAAAGACCCUAUUGAGAUUAGUGGUGACUUUUUUCGUAACAGAUAAUGUUUGUGUAUGAGCUUUUGGUUUUUAAGUGUUAUGGUGAAUUAAGAUUAAGAUUGCUCUUUUGUUUGAUCUCCCCUUCUACCUAUGUCCAGAUUUUGUUAUAAUGGGUAGAACAUUGUGGUUGAUCUUAUCCUGAAUGUUUUUCACCCUAUCAACCAGCGCAAUAUCAUUUCUCAUUGAGCUUUUAGAUGGUUUUGAUGUACUUCGGGGCUUCUAUAUUUAUAUUUUCUGGUACCUUUACCUGAUAAUGCCAACUUUUAUGCAAGUAUAUUGCUGAUGCCCUUAUUUGCCACCAAAAAAGGACAUUCUUUAUAAUUACAAGCCUGCUCGUUUGGUUUAUGCCCCUUAAACGGAACUGUGUAUUAGGAUUUAGCCAGAUAGGUGCUAUGCAUCGCUUUUAGAAUGAUAGCGUGGAUUCAAUUCUGGUCCUGAUUUUGUCUGUUUGUAGAUUUCAAGAUUGAAUAUGAUGUUUAUGUCUAACUCGGAUUGUACUUGUCAUUAAGAAUGUCUGGUUAUACUCCAUACGUUUAGGUCUCUUGUUGAUUAGUACAGAAUAUCUCAGAGUUGUGUUUUGUAAACCUCUAUCAGUCUAAGGAUGAGUAAUACAAUUCUGUCGAUUGGGAUUCAGAAGUGUUUUCAAUUUAGUUAGUCUGGUUCCAAUUAAUUAGGUUUCUAUUCGAUAUAUUGAAUAAUAGUUCUUUUGGUGGGUUUUUAACAAUAUGACAGUCAAAGUACCAUGAUAUAUUAAAUUCAUGGGGGCCAUAUCGAAUGGAUUUGUUUUGUACCCUUAAGGGUUUCCUGGCACCUCUGGUGGCUUAUGUAUGGUGGAUACCAUUUAACUUGUCCUGUCUUUGGACAGAGGUGCGAUAGAACUUCUAAAGGAUUGGACAUCUCAUACAUUAUCUUAAAAGAAUGGAAGUAAAUUGAGAACUAUAAAGUGCCUUAAGGAAGAUUGGUAAUACAAAAUCGACUAAAUCUUGGGCUCCAACCUGUAAACAAAUAAAAUAUAAAAAAUGAAGUGGUUUAGAAUCUUGCAAAAGGAUAUAGAAGGAAAGCCUAUACAAAAGUUUGAAAUUUAAUAUUCUGGCAUAUUAGGUGUUAAGACCUCUUUUAAUCAGGGUGAUUAGAGAUGCUCAAAUUUAUAUUAAGCUAAAAUCGGGGACUAAGUGGUAGAGAGAUAGUCAAAAUAACAAGAAGUAUAGAUUAAGAAGGUUUUAAGGACUAGAAUUAUGGAGUUUCCUAGAUGGAAUAUAGAAUUAAGUAUUGACUAAGGAUAUUUAAAUACCAUAUGUGUACCAAAAUUUUUGAAUAAACCUAACUACAAAAAGGGUUAGGCGGAAAUUAAGGAACUGUUGGGGGAUCUUUUAAGGAAUAGUUUACUGUAACUUAAUUUUAUUAAAGUGCAGUAAGCUAACUCAUGAUAAGGUAAGAGGGAAUGUGUGACUAAGGUUUAAAAUUUAACAAAUGUCAUAGGUUAUAUUUACUAGUAGUUUAAUGGUUAGAACCUUAUCUAAAAAACAUGAAAUGAUAAACAGAGUUUACUACACCUAUUAACACAAUAAAGGUUAUCUAUGAUGGACUCUUUAUCUCAUAAGCAAAUUGAAGUUAUUUAAGUUCAGAGAGUUUAAUUUAAAUCAUGGAAUAUUACAUACUCCCAUUUAUUAAUAAUAGGGUUCUAAAACAAAUUAGAAACGUGAUACAGAAGGUAAUUUAAAAUGUCGGCUCUAAAUUUAUCGCCUAAAAAGCAGAACACAAAUCUUUAAAGUUGGAUCCCUAAUUAUCCGUAAUGGAUGUUUGAUACUUAUUAUGAAUAUCUGAUUUUAAGCAGACUGAGUAUGUUAAGGAAGGUAAUAAUUAACGCAAAUUCUUUAUAAUCAUAAUCUGAUUCUCAAAGCCGAAAUUUAGGAUUAAUUUUAGGAAUGCACGAAUAUAAAUAAACUAUAAGCUUAACAUUUUACUUACAACCACCUCUCUCCACCAACACUUUAUACAAAAGUAUAAGCCUUUCUCAUGGAUAAAGAAACAAUCCCAUUAACUGAGGGUGAUGCUUUGAAGCUACAGCUAAAGUCCAAUGAGCUUGAAGUUAUCACCAAUCCAUCUAAUGUUUUGGAGUACAGUGAUUCAGAGCUCCCAAAAGUCAUCUAUGCAAGAAUGCUAUCAGGAAGAGCUAUCAACAAGAUUGGGCUGAAGAACAUGUUCGAGUCUAUAUGGCAGAGAAAAGCAGGGGUGACGAUAGAGGACUAUACUGAUGGUAUUAUUAUUCUGAAAUUUGAGUCAGAAGCGGUUAAAAAUAGAAUAAUUAGAGGGCAACCAUGGGCCUUCGGAGGAAGUUAUCUAAUCUUGAUUGAGGCUGAUGCUAUGACUCAAAUAACUGCAGAAUCCUUCCAGAAGAUCCCCUUCUGGGUACAAGUACAUGGGAUCCCUCCAGGUCUCCUUGCAAAGCCUUAUGGCGAAAAGUUGGGUAAAGAAAUAGCCAAUUCAAUGGGCGAAUUUAUGGAGUUUGACCCCACACACCAAAGCAGCUUCAUGCGGUUUAGAGUAGGCUUGGACUCCACAAAAGCUCUACUUAGGGGAAAAUUUCUGAAUCUAGACAAGAACAAGGACAACAUAUGGGUCUCAUUCCGUUAUGAGAGGCUAUCUAAGUUCUGCUCCUUUUGUGGUCACAUAAAUCAUAUCCAGAAAGAUUGUGCAGCGUUACUUGAAGAGCUGGAAAGGGGACAUAACCCAACACUUCAGUAUACUGCUUCACUAAAAGCUACUGGGUUAAACUACAGUCCCUAUCAGGUGGUAAGACAAGAGCAGGAGGUAAACACUAAGCAGACACCAGUGGUUGACGACUCUUCUCAAAUGGCUCUAAAAACACAAAUAGUGGACUCUAAUGCCAAGCGGCUGAAAACUGGAAUUACAAGUGAAAGUGUAGGUGUUGCAGCAAACAUAAAAAACAAAAAGGAAGCGGUGGAUGAGGCGGGCAGUGGUCGCCAGAGUCUACCAAAAAGGGUGCAAAAGGAAGGGCAGGAAGAUAACACACCACAAUUUAAGAAGAAAUGAUCAGAAAUUGAGGUGUAAGAGGAUUGGUUUAUCUUUGAUCAGCAGGAAAAUAAAGAGAAAACUAAAUAAAAGCAGUCUAGAUUAGUAGUUGGACUCCUCAGCAGUUUCUUAAAUAAUAGUUUGUAAAUAAGGCCGGUAAAGGCCUGAAAUUAAGUUUUAAGGUGUGGAACUUGCCUAGUAUUGUCGAGAGAAUAAAAUAUGAUUUGGUUUCAA